CAAUCUCCUUCUAAUGCUUCCUUCCUUCCAUGCUAACCCACAAGAAGGAAAUUUAGGAAAUGGGUUUAUCCAAGAUUUGAUCAUUCAAGCUUGUGCCAACACCACUAACCAUCAAUCUUGCCUUUCCAACCUUCAAGCUGAACUUGUCCACACGGGUAAGGGUAGCCCAAAUUCUGUCCUUCGUGCAGGGAUCAGUGCUACCUUGACCCAAGUAAAUCGUGCCAUAUCAAUGAUCACUAAAGUUAGUACCUUAUCAGUGGAUCCCCGUGAACAAAUGGCCGUGGAGGACUGCAAAGAGCUGCUCGAUUUCUCCGUAUCAGAGCUAUCGUGGUCGUUAUCGGAUAUGCGAAACAUCCGAUCAACCAACCCGAGCAGUCACAACCCUCAAGGUAACUUCAAAGCAUGGCUUAGUGCUGCUCUCACUAACCAAGACACAUGCCUUGAAGGCUUCGAGGGUACUAAUGGUCACAUUAGAGAUUACAUGGAGGGGAGCUUACAACAAGUCUCACAACUCAUCUCUAAUCUUUUGGUUAUGUAUCAUAAGAUGCAUAGUAUACCUCUUACACCACCAAGAGAUGAAACACAGGAGAAUGGGGAAGAAUUGGUGUCUGGUUUCCCGAAAUGGGUCACGGAGGAAGAUCGAGAGCUUCUAUUGGCAGCAAGGCCACAUAGUAGGAGAAUAGAUGUGGUAGUAGCCUUGGAUGGGAGUGGGCACUAUAGAUCGAUCACAGAGGCAGUGAUGGAAGCUCCUAAUUACAGUGGAAGGAGGUAUGUUAUCCAUGUGAGGAAGGGAGUUUACAGAGAGAACUUGGAUUUGAAGAAGAAGAAGACCAAUAUUUCGCUUUUGGGAGAUGGGAUUGGAGCCACUGUUAUCACUGGCGCUCGUAAUUUCAUGCAAGGUUAUACAACUUUUCGAACACCUACCAUUGCGGUUUCUGGACGGGGUUUCAUAGCAAAGGACAUGACGUUCCGUAACACGGCAGGACCAGAGAACCAUCAAGCGGUGGCUCUCCGAGUUGACUCAGACCUCUCAGCCUUCUACCGGUGCAGCAUGGAAGGUUACCAAGACACACUCUACUCCCACUCACUCCGUCAAUUCUACAGAGAAUGCAACAUCUACGGCACCAUCGACUUCAUAUUCGGGAACGGACAAGCAGUGUUUCAGGAAUGCAAGAUCUUCACCAGGAAACCCUUACCACUACAGAAGGUGACCAUCACUGCCCAAGGAAGGAAAGACCCACACCAGAGCACUGGAUUCUCCAUACAACACAGUGAGGUUCUGGCUACGUAUCCCACUUACUUAGGGAGGCCAUGGAAAUUGUACUCUAGAACUGUAUACAUGAAUACGUUCAUGAGUUAUCAGGUUCAGCCACGAGGUUGGCUGGAAUGGUUGGGGAAUUUCGCAUUGGAUACAUUGUAUUACGGGGAAUACAAUAACUAUGGACCCGGUGCGGGGUUGGGUGGACGAGUGAGAUGGCCAGGUUUUCACAUCAUUAAGGAUGCUGCCACUGCUAGUUUCUUCACAGUUGAGCGUUUCAUCGACGGGCUCCGAUGGUUGCCAUCCACUGGUAUUACUUUUACUCUCGGUUUAACCGAAUAACUAUCUCU